AUGAUGGAGACGGAAAACCUGCGGACGGCGUCCCUGUACAUCAACAACCAGCUGCUCUCGCGCGGCCUCCUCCGCGAUGGCCAGACCAUCGACUUCACCCACCCUGGCGACAGCCCCGGCGAGGUUGCCACCACCAUGAGCCGCGUCAUGGCCGUGGUCAACGACCUGAUUCUACGACGCGAUCGCGACGCCGAACACCGCGAGGCCCUGGCGACGACGCUGCGAACGGUGCGGGCCGAGUCGCUGCGGCAGGCCAACGACGUGCAGCGGCUGCAGGAGAAGCACGCCGAGGCGCAGCGCAAGGUUGGCAUCAGUGAGGCGGCCGAGGCGGCGCUGCAGGCGAGCCUCAAGACGGCCGACGCCGUCAUCCACCGCCUCAAGGACGAGGCCGCGCGCAUCAAGGCGCUCGCCGCGCAGACCCGCACCGCCUGCGCCAACGAGGUCCGCAAGCGCGACCGCCAGAUCGACGGCCUGCGCAAGGCCGUUGUCGAUGCUGGCAGGGCCCGCGGAGGCGCAAAGAGCAUUGGUGUCACCUCUAUUACUGUUGCCGGCGAGAUCUUGGGUGCUGCUGCCGACGACCAUGCCGAGGGCGGAGGGGGAGACACGACUGCUGGCGACAGCGGCUACGACCUGCGCGCCGAGACCAACGCGUUCCUGGCCGAGCUGGCCAAGGGCCUCAGCGCCGAGAAUGAGACGCUGCUGGGCCUAGUGCGCACGACGACGGAGCAGCUGUGGGAGAUGAGCGGGUGGGACAGUGACAACACCAACAGCAACACGGACAACGGCCAGGCGCUGGGCAGCUGCGCGGAGCUGGCCGGCGACCUCGAGGCGGUGGUGGCGCACAUGCGCACCAUCCUGACCAACCCGUCGUUUGUGCCCAUUGAGGAGGUGGUGGUGCGCGAGGACGAGAUCCACCGCCUGCGCGACGGCUGGGAGAAGAUGGAGACGCGCUGGCGCGAGGCCGUCCACCUCAUCGACGGCUGGCGCCGCCGCAUGCAGGCCAGCGGCCGCCCCGUCAACGUCGAGGAUCUCAAGAUGGGCCUGCGCCUG